AUGGAAAUUUACAUGGUAACCAAACCGUUGGCUAGAUUAAAUGGAGAAGAAAUCGAUGUGGCCGAAGAAGAUGUCAGCAAGGACGAAGAUGAACCUGAGGACAACGUUGUCAAACUCGAUACCUCUGCCAAGGUCUCAAGCGGCGGCUGGGUAACAUUUGCUGGAAGUCUAGAGGGGCCAGAUUGGCGUGUUCGACCACACGCGACUCGCUGCGCUGGCGUCGGGCCAUUGGCGCAGGAUGAUAGAAGCAUUGCCCAGUCAGCCGGCGUCUGGUGCAGCGAGCACAUUGAGGUCGACCAUGAUCACAGCGCAGUUUUGAUUUGCGACAAUGCUCACACGAUGACAACUGCCCAUUCUGACGAACAGUGGCAGACAUCUUGA